AUGCACGUAAAAUACAGAAGCAACCAAAAGGUCAGCCAUGCAUUUUCGAAGAUUAAGACGCAGUAUUUCCAGACACACCAUCGUCGUCGGCGAAUACAAGCCAUAGAAGGCCACCGGCAAGGGACCGCCACCAUAUUCAAAACUGACGUAGCAACGCACACAACUAGCUCUCCGGGCAAGAACAAACACACUCUCGACGACGAGGUCAAUGGUCAAUCUCAAAAUGUCGGCCCCAUCGAUAAAAGCAGGUAUCCAGGAACAGAGAAGAGCCAUCCAAUUCACCAAAAUGGGUACAAAGACAAGCCCAAUAAAUAA